GUACACCACUUUUUCGCAAUGAAUAGGAUAACAAAGUGGGGUCAAUUAUAUAAAACACGCAACGAUUCGGACUCAAGUUCGGUCCUGGAAAACUUCAAUGGCAAGCUACCUAUGCUCCCUCUGGAGGUCCUGGAGGAGAUACUGCUGAAUGUACAUCCACACCAGGUGGUGUGUGUCUGUCGACUGGUCUGUCAUGAGUGGAAAGAAGUAGUAGACAGUGAUUCUCUUUGGAGAGAGAGGUGCCGAAGAGAGGGAUACCAGACACAUGAUGCCACUAAACUACCUGAAGACUGGCGUUUAUUUUACUUCUUGUGUAAGAAGAGACGUAAUCUUAUCAAAAACCCCGGAGCAGAGGAUAAAUUCAAUGGCUGGCAGAUCAUGAAGAAUGGAGGGGAUCAAUGGAACAUAGGGUCAGCGGACCUUAAUAACACAGCCACAAAAUACUUUGUGACUUCUUACGCGACCUGCAUGAAGUCUCAGCUGAUUGACUUGGAGGAAGAGGGUUACAGGCCUUCUUUAAUGGAUGCCUUUCAGCCUGCCAUAGUAAUAUCUGACUGGUAUGCUCCACGCCAGGACUGUGGCUCUGAAUAUGAGAUCUGUGUUGAGUUGCUAAAUCAAAAGAAGAAGCCAAUUAGGAAGUUUAGUCCAGAUGCUGUCAUCUUUCAACAGUGGAAUGAUCAGAAAUGGAAUCAGGACAAUGACUCAACACACCUCCAGGCUGUGUAAGGGCUACUUGACCAAGAAGGAGAGUGAUGGAAUGCUGCAUCAGAUGACCUGCCCUCCUCCCAAUUGAGAUGGUUUGGGAUGAGUUGGAAAAGCAGCCAACAAGUGCUCAACAUAUGUGGGAACACCAACACUGUUGGAAAAGCAUUCCAGGUGAAGUUGGUUGAGAGAAUGCCAAGAGUGCACAAAGCUGUUAAAGUAAAGGGUGGCUACUUUUGAAGAAUAUAAAAUAUAUUUUGCUUUGUUUAACACUUUUUGGUUAUCACAUGAUUCCAUAUUUUAUUUCAUAGUGUUGAUGUCUUCACUAUUAAUCUACAAUGUAGAAAAUAAAAAACAAACCUUGACUGCUACUGUAUAUUGAGAGAAUACACAGAUUACAUGGUGCACUGCAUAAGGAUAAGGAUAUACAGUGCAUUUGGAAAUUAUUCAGACAUUAUAGAAAUGUUUCCAAAUGUAGAUUUUUUUUAAAAACAUACCUUAUGUAAAUAAGUAUUGAGACAUUUUGCUAUGAUGUUCAAAAUUGAGCUCAGGUGCAUCCUGUUUCCAGUGAUCAUCCUUGAGAUGUUUCUACAACUUGAUUGGAGUCCACCUGUGGUAAAUUCAAUUGAUUGGACAUGAUUUGGAAAGGCACACGCCUAUCUAUAUAAGGUCCCACAGUUGACAGUGCAUGUCAGAGCAAAAACCAAGACAUGAGGUUGAAGGAAUUGUCUGUAGAGCUCCGAGACGGGAUCGUGUCAUGGCACAGAUCUGGGGAAGGGGACCAAAACAUUUCUGCAGCAUUGAAGGUCCCCAAGAACAGUGGCCUCCAUUCUUAAAUGCAAUAGUACAGAGAGAUCCUCAAUGAAAACCUGCUCAGGACCUCAGGCUGGGGGGGCGAAGACAACCAAAACAACGCAGGAGUGGCUUUGUGACAAGUCUCUGAAUGUCCUUGAACGGCCCAGCCAGAGCCUGGACUUGAACCCGAUUGAACAUCUCUGGAGAGAUCAUAAAAUCGUUGUGCAGUGAUGCUGAUGAUGAUGAUACAAGAAGUAACUAUUUUUCAUAAAAUUGUACAGUUAUCUUAGCUAGCUGAAUUGCUAGCUGAAUUGUUUACUUGUUGCUAAGCAGUUGCUAGGGACUCUCCUGGAAGAAGCUAGCUAGCUUACAAAGAAUAACAACAAAAAAUAUCUAGUUAACAGAAGAAAGGAAGACAAAAUAAGGACAGAAGAAAAAGGAAAAGAAAAAGGACAACAAAGUGAAACCUCUAAAGAAACAAGAGACCAUAAUACAAGAAACAGCACUAUAGAGAGAUAGAACAACAACAACGCAGCCACUGCCAGCUAGCCUACUUCAGCAGUACUGUAUCAUUUGAAUUAUU